AUGGAACCCACGCGAGAGGAGCGGCAGCAAAUGCGGCAGCGUGGAGCUGGGACGCGCAAAGCAAAGGAAGUGAAUUUCGGAUUCUCUUUCGGUGGUCUUGCGCCUGAGCCAUCAGCGCCUGCGCCGCUGGCUAUUGUCCCUCCAAUUCAACCACAAACACAACCCGCGACUACACCACCAUCACCCGAGGCAUCGACCCAAGCCGAGAAGCAAAAUGCGCGUACACCAGGAAGCGCGCGUAACAAACUCCCCGAGAGACCUUCAACAUACGAUAUUCCUUCAGACGACGGACCCGAACAAACGCGAAGUAGCAAACGGAGGAAGAUCAACCCAAUCGAAAAAAUACAGCAUACUCCCACUCGGCGAAAAAGAGCGCAACCCACGAAUGGCCACUCCGAACCCGCUGAUAACAGCGCAGGUAGCACUGAAAGCCAACUCAGCAAUGCACCCCAAAGCACCGACGCGACUACACAACAGGAACAACCCACCGGAAAUCCUGAAGAUCAAGUUACAUCUAUUUCGGGGCCUUCUAUUGACACCCAGCGGCCGGUUAUUGAGCCCUCGAGCGCUAAUGGUAUGAAACCAGUAAUCCUAACCGAUACUGAGCAGCUUGCUCAGAAUGACAAAUCGGAAAACGGCGUUACACGGGAUCUAGUAGCAGAAGGCAGCCAAGAGCGAAAUUCAUCACCCAAAGCAUCCUCAUCUGAGACUCAGUCUAGGGCCAAACAGCCAGAAAAGACGAAGAUACCACGUCCAAACCGGCAUAGAAGUCCAUCACCAAUCAAACCUUCCGAGAAGGUCCAAAGAGACAACAGAAAUAAGAGAGGUACUACAGAAACUCCUUCUCCAGCGGACCGUCUGGCCGAAAAGCCCACAGCGCCUCCACAAAGCAAGGCAUCGACAGAGCUUGCUGAAGCUAAUAAUGCUGAGGCUGAGACUGAGGCAGCUGAGGGCGCUCUGGAGUUCACGAGAAAUUCACCCGGGCAAGGCCAGCAAGCAUCUACAGAGCCUCUCCAGGCGACAAAGAAAGCGCGCGGCCGCCCACGCAAGUCGAUUGGCCCUCAGCCACCAGAAACUACAACGAAUACGACACUAGCAAUUGCACCCGAAAUACAAUCUGGACCGACAGCAGUACAAGCUGAGGCAUCAGCACAGCCCAAACGGCCUCGGGGGAGACCAUCUCUCAGUGGGAAGACCAAAGUCGCAGGACGUAUCAGGAAUUCACCUGAACUCGUACCAGAAUCAGCAGUGUCCAAACCGCAACGCAGCAGACCUAAGAAGUCCAAUCAUGAGGCCAGUCCCGAGCUCGAGGUUGAAGCGGAGACAGAAUCACCAGAAGCCGAUGAGCCUGUGGAAACCGCAGUUCCCAAACCACGUGGUAGACCUAGCAAGAAAGGGAAGCGCCCGGUGGAGCAUGAGUCUGAACCCGAACCCGAACCCAUCACAGAAGACCAACCAAGCUCUGAGGCAGCACCUAUAUCCAGGCCACGUGGCAGGCCUGCAAAGAUGGCGAAGCGUCCUGUGGAGCACGAGACAGAGCCCGAAGCUGAUGCCGAGGCCGAGCAAGAGCAAUCAGCAGUUGAGCCUACAGAGCAACCUCGCCGAAAAGCCCGUGGGCCCCGAGGAGAGAGCUUCCCUGUCACUGUUCAUCGUCUCGCCAAUGUUGUUGCUCUGGGCAGCAGGGUCGCUGCCGCAGCAGAUUCUGGAGACGAACAAGACUCCGCGGACGAGCUAUCAUCACGCCAGCGAACCAAGGUGCCCAACCGCGGCGGUGUCAAUCCUGCCGACGUAUUGGGCCAGAUAUGCCGUGAGACUCUAGAGAAGACCCUCAAUACACUCAAAGAUGGCAUUGCCAAUGAAGCAAAUGCUACACGGCGAGCCGAGUGGACACGCAAGAGAAAAGCCGUCGAGGCCUUUGGAUUUGAACUCGAGAGUCGUCUUAUGGAUCUCAGUGAGAUGCUGGACAGCAACUUUGUCCUCGGCGUGCAAUUGAAGAAAGCCAAGAAAGAAAUGAUGGAUCUACGCAGCCAUCUCUACCGAGUGAAAAAGGAACGAGAGGCCGUUGCUUUACAGAUGGACGCCGUGCGUGGUAAACACAUCGAAGAAGAGAAGACCAAAUCGUCACGGACCACCAUCAACAACUCCCUUCACAGUCUCGAUCUUGCCCUCGAGCGUAACAAGAGCCGCACUGCAGCUGUUGAAUCGACUACUGCAGAUCUCGAAUUCAUGCUCCGCACCGUUGCCAACGUCAGUGCGCGAGCCCCAGGAGCCCAAGGAGGCCUCCUCAACCAAAUCCGGGCAUUUAAUGCACAGCUUGAAGCUACUGCAAGCCGCUUAGAGCGAUAA